AUAUAGACCAAAACCCCAAAUCUUUGAAGACCCUUUUUUCUCUGGCUUUUCGAGAGAUUACUUCCAUUAAAACUAUAUCUCUAGAGCAGAAUCUCUUCUUUAGAACGCAGAAUAAUGUCAAACGAAGUAGCAGAAGAAGUUCUGGCUGCGCCGCUUGCUAGCCAGACGCAAGAAACUACACAAACGACCCACAAAUUGGAGAGAAAGUGGGCGUUUUGGUAUGAUUCUACCAAACCUAAACAAGGCGCUGGUUGGGGUUCUACUCUUAAGAAAGCUUACACCUUUGAUACCGUGGAAGAGUUUUGGUGCCUAUAUGAUCAGAUAUUCAAGCCCAGCAAGUUGGUUGGAAAUGCUGAUUUCCAUUUAUUCAAGGCUGGAGUUGAACCAAAAUGGGAGGAUCCUGAGUGUGCACAUGGAGGCAAAUGGACUGUUGCUGCCAGCAGAAAGACGAAUCUCGAAUCAAUGUGGCUUGAAACUUUGAUGGCUCUAAUUGGGGAGCAGUUUGAUGAAGGUGAUGAGAUAUGUGGUGUGGUUGCUAGCGCACGCCAGAGGGGAGACAAACUUUCAUUGUGGACGAGAAAUGCUGCCAACGAGGCUGUUCAGAUGAGCAUUGGAAGGAAGUGGAAAGAGAUAAUUGACGUUACGGACAAAAUUAAUUACAGUUUCCAUGAUGAUGCAAAAAAGGACAAGUCUUCGAGAGGAAGAUACAGUGUGUAAGACCUUCCCUGUGUCAUGUUGAUCUCUUCUCCCUGAGCAGUUCUCUUAAAAGUUUUAAAUUUGCGUUCACUUUUCAUAUACAACCCGUAGAACAAAAUGCCCUGCUGGCUGCUCAGCUUCAAAUUUUUGUGUGGGCUACUGUUUGAUUUCUUUCUUAUAUCACAUUCUAAUGAGUUCUUAAAUCGUGUUCCAUUAGGCCGAGCGUCCUCUUUAUUUUUCUUGUUAGUUGGGACUUGUUUCAGUUUUUGAUUAGUUAUCGCAUACUAUGCAGAAACAGUAAAAUGUAUUUUUGGAAAUAUCUUUGUCUCUGGCUUGUGUUUCCCUUGUUUCGUGGUGAAGAUGGCCAAACAGUACCCCCCCCCCCCCCUAGAAAA